AUGGAGAUGCAAAGAGUAAUCAAAAUAUUAGCAAAAGCAGAUGCCGACCGUUUGCGGAUGAAAGACAAAAUGGAAGCCAACCGAAAAAAAGACAGGGAAGACUUCCUGGCCAAAUUAGACUCCUAUCAAGAAAAGGCGGAGAUCGGCCUCGGCGAAUUAUUGGCCAGAUUGGAGGACGUCAGACAGACCGACCGAAGAGAACUAAAAAAGAUGAUGGACGUCAACCAAGCCAGGACAGACGGAAAGCUUCAGGAGCUUACAGAAAGAACGGGAAAAACACAACAAAAACUAAAGUCAGUGGAAGUAUGCCUCUGCGCGAGGACAGAUAAACUCCAGGAAGAAGUAACGAAAACUAAACGCGAAUUCCAGGCCCGUUUGAAAAAAGUACAGACGAGGACCAAGCGGGGAAUCACGGUCAGCGCGAGCACAGCUCAGCCACCGACAUUCUACAAAAAUUCAACGUAG